AGCCGCCAAAACUACCACAAUAUGUCUGCUAAUCCCUAUUUCUGUCAUUUUAGUGUCCACUCCUUCCUUGUUAUCUGCGUCUUUUCAGUCGUCGUCUGAAUCUGCUACAGACACGCAAGCUACCCCAUAACAACAUUUAAAGGCGUAAGAUCUUCACAACGAUAUAAAAAUGCAUUAACAAACAGAUUCUGUCCGCACUUAAACCAUAGACUGUUAAUAUUACAGUCUGUGACUUAAACCAACGCUCUCUGUUCACUGGGAGCUGGUCGAAGAAGAUGACCCUUUUCUCUUCGCUUGAGAAAGCUUUGCUGCUGUGUGGGGGAGAGAGAGGGGGUUACAUCCUGUGGCGUUUCCUGUGUUUGUAAACUAGACGGUCUUGAAAACGUCGGGCGAGUGAAGCUGAAAGUUUAAAUGCUAGAUGAGUGAGGUGGGUGUGGCUUCCCACCAGCCCGACCAUCCUGACUGACGGAUCUCUGGAUGACCUUGUCCCCACCCCUGUCCCUGCGCUCACAUACACCACAGCAAUGUCACAUCUGCCCAGCAGCUCAGUCCGCGACCAUAUGAAAUGGGCGGGGCUGCUUGGCUGCGAGGCUGUCCUCUCCAGCAUGGCCCUGAUGCAGGCCAGCUCCAUGGCCGCUCCGCCCAAAAAGAUGAUGGCUCCACUUGGCCAUGGACCACCGCAGAGAGAGGGACCUGAUCGUGCUCCCCAGAGCCAUAUGAUCCUCCCAUCCGGAAUGAGCUGUCCACCCCUGGUUAGGACCCACUUCGGAAAUCUUAUCCGGAAGGAAGGUGAAUUCCAAGCUCCCCGCCUGCUGGAUGAGAAGGAGAUGAGGGCCAACGAGGACAUGCAGCAGAAAAAAAAGAACAGGAAAUCAGUUACGCCCUGCAAAGUGAGAGAACAAGAAGGAAGGGGAGGGAAGGGCACAGGUGGAGAUGAGAAUGGUCCAUCAUCCAAAGUGCAGAAAAACUUUAUUUGUGAUCACUGUUACGGAGCAUUUAGAAGUGGAUACCACCUGAAGAGACACAUCCUCAUUCAUACAGGGGAGAAGCCGUAUGCUUGUGCCGUAUGUGACAUGAGGUUUAUUCAGCGUUACCACCUGGAGAGACACAGCCUCAUUCACACGGGGGUGAAGCCGUACGCUUGUUCCAUGUGUGACAUGAGGUUUUUCCAGCGUUACCACCUGGAGAGACACAGACUCACUCAUACGGGGGUGAAGCCAUACGCUUGCUCCAUGUGUGACAUGAGGUUCUUCCAACGUUACCAUCUGGCAAGACACAGCCUCACUCAUACUGGGGUGAAGCCAUACGCUUGCUCCAUGUGUGACAUGAGAUUUUUCCAACGCUACCACUUGGCAAGGCACAGCCUCACUCAUACGGGGGUGAAGCCAUAUGCUUGCUCCAUGUGUGAUAUGAGAUUUUUCCAGAGAUACCACCUGGCAAGACACACUCUCACCCAUACGGGGGUGAAGCCAUACGCUUGCUCCAUGUGUGACAUGAGGUUCUUCCAGCGUUACCAUUUGGCAAGACACAGCCUCACUCAUACUGGGGUGAAGCCGUAUGCUUGUACCAUGUGUGACAUGAGGUUUAUACAACGUUACCAGCUGGAGAGACACAGUCUUACUCAUACGGGGGUGAAGCCGUACGCUUGCACCAUGUGUGACAAGAGGUUUUUUCAGCGCUACCACCUGGCAAGACACAGCCUCACUCAUAUGGGUGUGAAACCUUAUGCUUGCACCAUGUGUGACAUGAAGUUUUUUCAGCGUUACCACCUGGCGAGACACAGCCUCACUCAUACGGGUGUGAAACCUUAUGCUUGCACCAUGUGUGACAAGAGGUUUUUUCAGCGCUACCACCUGGCGAGACACAGCCUCACUCAUAUGGGUGUGAAACCUUUUGCUUGCACCAUGUGUGACAUGAGGUUUGUUCAGCGUUACCACCUGGCGAGACACAGCCUCACUCAUACGGGUGUGAAACCUUAUGCUUGCACCAUGUGUGACAAGAGGUUUUUUCAGCGCUACCACCUGGCGAGACACAGCCUCACUCAUAUGGGUGUGAAACCUUUUGCUUGCACCAUGUGUGACAUGAGGUUUGUUCAGCGCUACCACCUGGCGAGACACAGCCUCACUCAUACGGGGGUGAAGCCGUAUGCUUGUUCCAUGUGUGACAUGAGGUUUAUUCAGCGUAACCACCUGGAGAGACACAGCCUCACUCAUACGGGAGAGAAGCCAUUUGCUUGUGACAUGUGUGAUAUGAGGUUUAUCCAGCGCUACCACCUUGAGAGACACAAGCGUGUCCAUAGUGGGGAGAAGCCUUACCAGUGUGAACGGUGCCAGCAGAACUUUUCACGGACAGACCGGCUAUUGCGGCAUCGGCGGUUGUGUCAGGGUCGCGGCGUAGCCAAAGUAGAGAACCAGCCAUGCUGCGAACCACGCCCAUACCCCCAAGAACCCCCGCCCGCACCCCAAACUUGGAGUCCCCUGCACCCACCUCCAGGCCGACUGGCGGUUUGACAUUCCACCUUCCGUACAUCCACAACACCGCCGAGACGGGACAAGCCACAGGGUUUCUUCUUCUCAGCUCUGUGCUGAGUGACGCCACGCUCUAGCACAGACUGAUCUUGCAGCUCUAGUCCUGGGAUUACUAACGACAGAGGGACAUUUGUGUUUUUUGUUUUGUUGACUUUUUACUGUUUCCUUUACCUUCCUGUUUUUUUAAAGACGAGACUUUUCUGUGAUGAACAGUGGUCCUGUUUUGUACUUAAUCUAUUUGAUUUAAAAAAAAGAAAAAAAAAAAGGUUUUUAUUGUUCAAAUAUAUCUGCAUUUGGUGGUACUCGGGAAGGGCUAUGGGUAUUGUUGAUCCUGAUGUGUUAGCAACAAAAUGGGAUGAAGUGGUGAGAGAAAAGUAUUUGAGCUUCUUUCUAAUUGUUCAUGUGGCCCAUUUUGACUCAAAAAGAUUCUCACUUAGGUCAGAAUUAGUAAAACUGAACUUUCCUUCCAGGUGAAGCAAGGAAACCACUCUGUGACAUCUCAUGGAGGCCAGAUCCUGCUCGCCAUUGUCACUAACGUAGUGCUCAGCAUUACGACAUUUCAAUGAAAGCAGUAUCUGGUCUAAAUAUAAUUCGAACUAUAGGAUUUCCAUGACUUUAUCAACUUAGGAGGUACAAUUUUAUUGAUUACUUUGUGUAAAUAAUUGAAAAUGUUUUAUUAUUGUUUCACUAUGGGACUUAAGUGGUGAGUGUUUUUUGUAUACAAAAUGGGCCAAAAACAAACUCAUUAGAAAUGGGUUCAAAUACAGUCUUCUUCCAUCGUUUCAGUGAAAUCAUAAGGAAACCUGAGUAACUUGUGUGUUUAUUAAAACAAAGUAAUAUCAGGCCGCGCUUCAUAACUGUAAACCAGGACUUUCAAGAAGUGGAUGAGAGGGGCAGCCUGCGGUUGACUGGCUCUGUACGACAUGAAGGCUGGGUCACAGGAGUAUCACCUGUGGAUCUCCCGUUCUGUGACGUGCUGAUGACUCAGGAAAUGGCACAGGAUGGCAGCCUUGGCAAGUCGUCCUCCCACACUUAACAGAGAGUUAUUGCAAGUUCAGCUGUGUAUGUACACAGUAUGUAUACGCAGAGAUCCCCAGUACGUAACCGAAAAGUGUCUCUCCUUGCUCUGUCCAUAGAUUCUGGUCUAAAAUGGCACAGGUUGGCCACUUGAAGUCCCAUUAUGUUGUUUGUACAGAUACUCUCAUUGUGAGAUUAUCGGGGGUAUACAAAAUCUUGUGGCCUUAGUGUGUAUCUUUUUUUUAUUUUUUAUUUUUUUUUGCCUUUUAUCUCAACAGUUUUUUAUUGUGGAUCAGACGUAUUUAAGACGAGACGGCCUUUCAUCAUGGUUUUUUGUUUUCUCUUUUUUUUCCUAAAGCUGUCAUGGUUACAGAAUGUUGAUGGCUUCAGUGGCGCUAAAACAGACUAAUGUGUUCUCCUGUCGAGAGAGGUUGUCUUUUCAUGAUAAUGAAUAUUUUGGGUCAUUGUUACUGAUUACAGUGUAACACAGUAUGUGAAGCCCCGGCAGUUUGACAGUCCUUGUGAGAAGUCUAGUGCUAAACUGUUUCCCACUCCAGUGCUAUGGCUGGUCGCACGCCAUGGCAGAAUCAACACUUGCUUGACUCUACUACACACUAACAAUUGCCUUUUUUAUCCAAAUAUUAUGUGGUUGGUGUGUAAUAAUGGGUGUCUGUCAUGUCCUUGGGUUUAGCCUUAAGUAAGUGCGGAUACACAAAUAAUCAUUGUAGUACUAAAUGAUACUGUAACAAACCAUUUCUUUUACAUAUGAUGAACUUUGAUCGUACGGUGUGAAAGUCUUUGACGGGCAGACAGCAGAGAAGCGGGUUGACCACUUUGCUGCCUGUUGAAAAAGUUUCUCAAACUUGAUCCUUUCGGUGACUGGUGAGGUAGUGAUCGCAUUGUCCUAACUGUUCUGUUGAAGCCAGAAAUGGAAGUGCUAAGUGAGAGGAUUUGGCUGAACAUGCAUGUACAUAUCUAGACAUUACAACUGCUCUUUGAUGUCUGAGCAAGUAACAAAACCCAUCAUGGUUGAUUUCAGGGGACGAGAGAACGUUGUUGUUUUUUUCUUCUGUUUUUAUUUUUUAUUUUUUUAUGUAAAAGGUCCAGGUAAGCUUCAGUGAAUGUGGAGAUGGAAUCCCAGAGUGUAUUAUCUGGUGUCUGAUUUCUAGGAUGAACAGAUGUUUGUUUGAUUCAAGUAAGGAGCAGAUUACAGAGUUCAGUAAUAUUUUACCAAAAGUAUUAUUGGGGAAAAUUAGGAAAGGAAAGGUCCAUUGAUAUCAAGGCAAAGUUGUGCGACGGUUUAAGUGUACAGAGAUGGGAUUCAGUUUGUGUGUUUUGAUAAGAUUAACUAAAACCCAGUGGCAGCAAAGGCGGCAAGUUUGAGAAAUCCAUUAAUUUGCUCUGGAAAGACUAUUCCAAAUGUGGAAGGGAUACUGCUGCUGCGAGCAUGUACUGAAAUGGCUGAAGGGCAAUACAUUAUAUAGUUGACAUCACUUGUUAAUACCUUUUUUUUGUCUUUUUUUUUUUUAAUUGUUUUUAGUAUUAUCAAUCUCAUUGUUAAAAUGCAAUAGAGUCCUUGAGUCACAGAUCAUUUGUUUAUAAGAUUGAGGUUUAAUUUUUCAGGCAGAUAUUUGUCUGAGAAUUUCUCAUAACAUUUGGAUUGUUUCGAGGACCUUUUUUAUUCUGAUGAAAUUGUAAACACUGGAGUGAAAGGAAGAAAAAAAAAAAAAGGACGGAUGGAUAUUUUUUCCUUCAGACUGUGUUAGAUUUUAGGUUUUAGACCAAGCCUAUUUCUCCUCAACUUGACACAGAAGGUGGACAGAACAAUUUGGAUCAGUACAGUUGAGAGCCCAGUAUGUUCGGUAAUUUAGAGGCAGUAGUACCACAAGAAAAUGUUUUCUUUCUUAUACGAAGUCCCUGGUAUUUGUAGUAAAUUAUAUUGAUAAUGGUAUUAGAUGAACAACAGCAUAACAGUAGCUAUCACAGAUUAGUUGUUUUCUUUAUUAGUCUUGCAUGCAGAGUUAUGGUCCUCCGUUAAGAUAGGAUCUUGAUAUUGAUUAUUUUGUGUAGGAAAAUGAGUGCAUAAGAAUAACUUCCUAAAAAAAAAAUAAAAAAAAAUGUUACAAUGAUUAUUGUAAAAUGGGCUAACUAAUAUGUACCCUUGUGAUCCAAUUAGUUUCAACUAUAUGAAAAUCAGAGGAGAGGCUUCUUACUAUUAUGCGGAAAUAAAAUAAUUUGUAAAGGA